GGCCGCUGGGGCGCGCUGUGCAUUGUGCGCCGAGCCGCGCUGGGCGGCGUGACGUCACUUCCGGGCUGGGCGCCGCCGCCGCACGGGAUGGCGCUGGGAAGGCCUGGCGGAGAUGGUAAAACAGAACAAAAGCCUGGUGAGAAGAAGAGGGGAGUGAAGAGACCACGUGAAGACCAUGGCCGGGGAUACUUUGAAUACAUUGAAGAAAACAAAUACAGCAGGGCCAAGUCCCCUCAACCACCUGUGGAAGAAGAAGAUGAGCAUUUUGAUGACACAGUGGUUUGUCUUGAUACUUAUAACUGUGACCUGCAUUUUAAAAUCUCAAGAGACCGGUUUAGUGCUUCCUCUCUGACCAUGGAAAGCUUUGCUUUCCUUUGGGCUGGAGGGAGAGCCUCCUAUGGAGUUUCUAAAGGCAAAGUCUGCUUUGAGAUGAAGGUUACAGAAAAGAUUCCUGUUAAACACCUGUAUACAAAAGACAUUGACAUACAUGAAGUGCGAGUUGGCUGGUCACUGAACACAAGUGGAAUGUUGCUCGGUGAAGAAGAAUUUUCUUAUGGGUAUUCUCUAAAAGGAAUAAAGACAUGCAAUUGUGAGACUGAAGACUUUGGUGAGAAGUUUGAUGAAAAUGAUGUGAUUGGAUGUUUUGCUAAUUUUGAUGGUGAUGAAGUGGAACUCUCAUAUUCCAAGAAUGGACAAGAGCUUGGUGUUGCAUUCAAAAUAAGCAAGGAAGUUCUUGAUGGGCGACCACUCUUUCCACAUGUUCUCUGCCAUAACUGUGCGGUUGAGUUUAACUUUGGUCAGAAGGAGGAACCUUACUUCCCUGUACCUGAAGAGUAUACCUUCAUCCAGAAGGUCCCCCUGGAGGACAGGGUCCGAGGACCAAAGGGACCUGAGCAAAAGAAAGAUUGUGAAGUGGUGAUGAUGAUUGGCUUGCCUGGAGCUGGCAAGACUACAUGGGUUACCAAACAUGCAGCAGCAAAUCCUGGGAAAUACAACAUUCUUGGGACAAAUACUAUUAUGGACAAAAUGAUGGUUGCAGGUUUUAAGCGUCAGAUGGCAGACACUGGGAAACUUAACACACUGUUGCAGAGAGCUCCACAGUGUCUUGGAAAGUUCAUUGAGAUUGCAGCUCGUAAGAAGCGGAAUUUCAUUUUGGAUCAGACAAAUGUGUCUGCAGCUGCGCAGAGGAGAAAAAUGUGCCUGUUUGCAGGCUUCCAGCGCAAAGCAGUUGUUGUUUGCCCAAAAGAUGAAGACUACAAGCAAAGAACACAAAAGAAGGCAGAGGUGGAGGGAAAAGAUCUUCCAGAGCAUGCAGUUCUCAAAAUGAAAGGGAACUUCACUCUGCCAGAGGUAGCAGAAUGUUUUGAUGAAAUAAUCUAUGUAGAGUUGCAAAAAGAAGAAGCUCAGAAGCUUUUGGAACAGUAUAAAGAAGAAAGUAAGAAAGCUCUUCCACCAGAAAAGAAACAGAACACUGGCUCAAAGAAGAACAAGAAGAGCAAUAAAAAUCAAUUUAAUAGGGGUCAGAGAGGACGUGGAGGAUUCAACAUGCGGGGCAACUUCAGAGGAGGAGUCCCUGGCAAUCGUGGUGGAUACAACAGGAGGGGAGGCAACAUGCCUCAGCGAGGUGGUGGAGGUGGCGGUGGUGGCGGUGGCAGCAGCGGAGCAAUUGGCUACCCGUAUCCUCGCGGCCCUGUCUUUCCAAGCAGAGGUGGCUACUCAAACAGAGGAAACUAUAACAGAGGUGGAAUGCCCAACAGGGGAAACUACAACCAGAACUUCAGAGGAAGGGGAAAUAAUCGUGGCUACAAAAACCAAUCUCAGGGCUACAACCAGUGGCAGCAGGGUCAAUUCUGGGGUCAGAAGCCAUGGAGUCAGCAUUAUCACCAAGGAUAUUAUUGAAUACCCAAAUAAAUGAACUGAUACAUAUUUCUCCAAAA